CGACACUCUUUGUUGCGGCCAUCCAACAAGACUUCUGUGCGCGCAUCAGCUUCAGGCGCAUCGUCUCUCUCCUCCUUCCUGUCGCCAGUCGAGUAUCUCGCUUCGCUUUCGCUCGAGCCGCAUCUGCAACAGCUUGCGCUCGGCGCAUUUUGAUCAGCCAACAUGGACGACCAGCAGUAUCUAGAGCCGGACUUUGAUCCAUCAACGCUGACUGUGCCGCGACUGCGAUCUAUCCUGGUUGCGCACAAUAUCAACUAUCCUUCAUCGGCCAAGAAGUCACAGCUGAUUGAGCUGUUCAACACCGAAGUCGUUCCCCAGGCGCGCAAGAUCCGCACCGCGAGCGCUCGCGUGAAGCGUACGAGCAGAGGCAUCGAAGAUAUCACAACGGGACGAAAGGGAACAGGAGCCGGCGACAAUGACGAAAUCCCACCCACGCCCGCAUCGACACGAUCGAGCAGACGUACUACGAGAGCGAGGACUGAAGAGGCGCAAGAGGUUGAGCCGACACCGCGAUCUACGAGGCAUAGCACUGCUCCGCCGGAAAGCGUGCCCCGGACUGUCUCAGGAAAGCAUGCGCGAACGGUGGAGACGGUGAUUGAAGAGACUGAGCCUACGCCAAAGCGUAGUUCCACGUCCAGGACGAGGUCACGACUCAGCGCUGCCACGCCUGUUGCAAUCAGGCGGGAAGAGGACACUAGCCCCUUCUCGAAUGACAAUGUCUUCCAAUCUGGCGGCUCUCCAUCAGCAGCUCGUGCGCCUGAUACAGAGCGUCGGCGGACGACCAUGGGUGCAUCACGAUCCUCAACCACUGCGCGUGACCUUGAGCGCCGGCACCGUGAGCUACGAAGACGAACCGAUGUCGUGAGCACAGUAAAGCCGCAGACCGAUGGAGCAAUCGUGCCUUCGCGAAGGACGUUUGAGGUACCGGUGGCACAGCAAGAGGAGAUGGAGGUGACGGAAGAGUUUACAGCAGAGGAGGAGCAGCAGCUUGUGGAGGCGCAAAUGUCUGGCGAGCUGGUGCCAACCCGAAGACGGACCUCGCGACCUGGCGGAGCUGCCAAGCGUGGACUGGGCGCAUUCUUACUUGUCAUGGCUACUGCCACAUCUGGUCUCUGGAGGCAAGAAAAGUUGAACGUUGGCUACUGCGGUGUUGGACAGCCUUCUAUGGAGAUUGGUGGCGUGGAGAUUCCGCCUUGGGCAGAUGUCAUCCGACCACAAUGCGAGCCUUGCCCACCACACGCCUACUGCGGCGAGAAGCUCGAGACAACAUGCGAGAAGGGCUUCGUACUGACACACCACCCCUUGUCAAUUAACGGAUUCAUUCCGGUCCCACCAACGUGCGAACCGGACAGCACCAAGGCGCGCAAGGUCAAGGCCGUGCAAGAGCGCGCCAUCGAAGCGCUACGUGAACAGAACGCCAAAUUCGAAUGCGGCGAGGCCUCAAAGCCCGAACUUAAGGAGACCGCCCUCAAGGCCGCCAUUUCGACCAAGCGCCGCAAGGGCAUGAGCGACGAGGAGUUCGAAGAUCUGUGGGCAUCAGCAAUCGGCGAGAUAACCAAGUCCGAGGAGGUUGUCUCGGGAUCAGAUGGCUCCAACUCCGAAUCAACACUCCGAUCCACGUCACUCGCAGCCCUCCCACUUGCCUGCGCUAUCCGACGAUCCCUUCGAGAGACACUUAGACGAUAUCUUUGGCAACUUGUAGGCGUUCUGCUUCUGCUGAGCAGCGGAAGCUAUGGACGGUACCGAAUCACCUCUGGGACCAAGAUGGAAAAGCAGGCGAAACAGCUUGCCUCCUUGGCAUUGGAGAAGUUGAGCUAUCAAGCGGCGCUGCACGCGAGCGAACCAGACUUGUACAAGGAGAAUUACAUGAGUGUCGCACAAUUGCGAGAUGAUGUGCUGAGAGACGAGUUCAGCGCAAAGCGACGACAGGAGUUGUGGGAGCGGGUUCAAAAGAAAGUGGAGAGCAACUCCAAUGUACGACCUAUGGUCCGGGAAGGACGAAGUGGUGAUGUGGGUAGAGUGUGGGAAUGGGUUGGCGCAGUGGGUUUUCUGGAGAGUCCAGAGGCUGUUGGAUCCACUCGACGCUCAAGGGGAAGAGUAAGCUUUGCUCCGAGCGAGGACAACAGUGUCAUCGAGGGCGGUGAUAGCCAUCCCGUUCCGCGGCUGGAUAUCGUCAAGACGCGUAAAUGGCAGGAGGAACAAUCGUACUAUUGA